AUGGCAGCCUCCACCGCCCCCUGCCUCCUGCUGGCGCUGCUGCUCGUCGCCGGCCACGGCGUGGCGGGGGCGUCGGGCAUCCGGGUCGACGUCAUCCGCCUCCCCUCGGCGCCGCCGUUCCCGGCGUUCCGCGAGGCCCCCGCGUUCCGGAACGGGGACGAGUGCCCGCCGCGGGGCUCCCCGGAGGGCCGCGUCGACGUCGCCAUGACGCUGGACGCCAACUACCUGCGGGGCACCAUGGCGGCCGUCUUCUCCAUCCUGCAGCACACAGCGUGCCCGGAGAGCGUCGCGUUCCACUUCCUCGCAGCGCGCCGGGACGGGCCGGACCCGCUGGCGGCGAUCCGCGCAACGUUCCCGUACCUGGACCCCACCGUCUACCGCUUCGACCCGUCGCGGGUGCGGGGGCGCAUCUCCCGCUCCGUGCGCCACGCGCUGGACCAGCCGCUCAACUACGCGCGCAUCUACCUCGCCGACACGCUCCCCGCCGACGUGCGCCGGGUCAUCUACCUCGACUCCGACGUCGUGGUCGUCGACGACGUCCACAAGCUCUGGUCCGUGGACCUCGGCGGCCACGUCGUGGCGGCGCCCGAGUACUGCCACGCCAACUUCACCAAGUACUUCACCGACGCCUUCUGGUCGGACCCGGAGCUCAGCGCCACCUUCCGCGGCCGCCGGCCGUGCUACUUCAACACGGGCGUGAUGGUGAUGGACGUGGCCAAGUGGCGCCUCGGCGGCUACACCCGGCGGGUGGAGGAGUGGAUGGCGGUGCAGAAGCAGAAGCGGAUCUACCACCUGGGCUCGCUGCCGCCGUUCCUGCUGGUGCUCGCCGGCGACAUCAAGGCCGUGGACCACCGGUGGAACCAGCACGGGCUCGGCGGCGACAACAUGGAGGGCAAGUGCCGGAGCCUGCACCCGGGGCCCAUCAGCCUGCUGCACUGGAGCGGCAAGGGCAAGCCAUGGCUGCGGCUCGACUCCAGGAAGCCCUGCACCGUCGACUACCUCUGGGCGCCCUACGACCUCUACAAGGCUGCGGCGACCGCGCUCGAGGAGUGAUCGAGUCCGGUGGCGCGGCAAGCGAUCGAUCGAGCAUAUGGGAGCGAGUCCGGAGGGCAGACGACGGCCGAUCGAGGUGGGGGGAGAGGAAGCUAGCAGAGAUGAGCAGACCAGCGCAUGCAGGGCAAUGCAACGAACGCCUGCACACUUGUGUCUCGAUCGAGGUGUGGUUGCGUGCGAUGCAAUGCAAGUGCGACGAAAUCCGAGUCGGGGUGUGGAUGGAAGAAGGGGGAGUUGGCCGGAGGAAGAAGAUGAUCCGAGGGUGAUGAUCGAUGCGAGUAGGAGGGGAUGAGCAAGGCCUCCUGUUUUGGGUUCUCAUGUACGGGCACAAUUCGAUCGGUCUGCCCUUGGACUCGUCGUGUUUGUAUAGGUCAUGUGGUCAGUGGGGCUGGGGUGUUAAUUUGUAAAGAGAUUAGGGGUGGUGCAGUGGGAGAAUACACUAACAAAAGCAUGUUGUAUGUUGCGUGUACUACUAAACACACACACAAACACAAAACACACAGAGAAAUCAAACGAUUACGAACCAUGUCAUUCGACGA